AUGAAAUGUAAGGGCGAUAUCGUGAUGUUUUCAAGAAAAAAUGCGACCCCUUUAGAGUAUUACAUCGAGUACUUACUUAUGAUACUUGGAUACGCCCGUAUUUGGCCUACCGAAUCGUUUUCGCCACUUGAAAUAUUGUUUUCAACGGUAGCAACGGCGAUUUUCAUAUCGACCAAUUUUCUACUUUUAUUUACGGAGAUCGUGGCGCUUAUGAUGAGCAACGAUUUGGAAUUAUUUGCUAAUAUCGUCGGAGUAAUCGGCAUGCAUUCUGUAGGCUUAAUAAAAUGGUGUUAUUGCAUAAGGAAAAAUAAGGAGAUCGUCGAUAUUGUGGAGCAGUUAAAAAAAUGCCACGUACUUUGCCAACGAAUUGAUAACAGCGAGAAAGGGUAUCGAAUAUAUAGAAAUGAAAUGGAAUACGUGCAUAAAUAUUCCAAUUACUUCAUACGGUUCUGGGCAUUUGCUUGCGUUUAUGGUGUUUUACAUUGGUGCGCCAAUCCAUUACUCCUGAGACUUUGGAUACCAGACCAGAUAAAUCCGAUUAAUUAUACAUUGAAAGAAAGAAAUUUACCAUUUGUCGGAUGGUAUCCGUUAAACACUGAUAAUAUUUAUAAUUACGUUUGUUUAUACUUUAUGCAGAUAAUCGGCGGUAUAUCUCCCGCGCUUGGAAUUGUCUGUUAUGACGCUUUUUACAUCAGCAUGCUAAUGAGCAUCUGCAUGCAAUUUCAAUAUAUCAACAUCAUACUAAAAUUGAAAUUAAACAUAAACGAUUUUGAUAACGUUCCAAGAGCUAUAUUAAAUCUCGAGAGCAAAUUAAAGAAUUCCGUAGAUUGUCAUACAGAAAUUAUGAAAUUUCUAAAAAUGCUACAAACAUUUUCUAGUCCUACAAUGUUUGUACAAUGCAUCGAAACAUUAUUUGUCCUGUGUUUAGUCUCAUUUGAAGCAUCAGCGAUUAAAAUUGCGAUUGAUAUAGAAUCUAUUUUGAAAUUAUGGGCUCUGUUUGAAUACUUUUUGUGCGCUGCGUUACAAUUAUUUUUCUUCUGUUUCUUCGCCACUCAAGUACAAUAUUUGGGCUUGCAAAUUGCGCAUUCAAUAUAUUGUUGCGACUGGGAACUGAUAAUUUUUGACAAACAAGAACAAUUGGAAUUGAAAUUAAAACAUCGUAAUAUUAAUCGAUUAGUGCAAACUAUUACGGUGCGAGCACAGAGGCCUAUUGUUUUAACUGGUGGUCCAUUUUACAUUCUUUCAUUGGAAACUUUCAGAGUCAUAAUUAGUAUGGCAAUGUCAAUUUCUGUAAUGUUGCGUACAAUCUCUGAUACAGGCGAGUGA